ACGCUUUCGAUCUUAGCAUAUACAUACGCAAUGGCAGAAAUUCAAACGACCACCUAUGACAUCGUCAUCUUCGGAGCAUCUGGUUUCACAGGCAAGCACGUAGUUAGAGAAGCUCUCAAAUUUCUUUCACCGAAAUUCGCCGCUCAAAUCACUUGCCUUAGCCGGUCGGAACCUCUCAAAACUCUCCGAAACACUAAAAUGGGCUUCCAAAUCUCCCCCCACCCUCCCCCUCCUCGUUGCUGACACCUCUGACACAUCCUCUCUCCGCCGCAUGGCUCCCAAGCUAAGCUUGUCCUUAACUGCGUUGGCCCUUUUCGCCUUCACGGUGACCCAGUCGUCGAUGCAUGUGUUGAAGCCGGAUGUGAUUAUUUAGAUAUUUGUGGUGAGCCGGAGUUCAUGGAGAGGAUAGAGGCCGUUUACCAUGAGAAGGCGGUGGAGACCGGCAGCUUGGUGAUUUCAGCUUGUGGGUUUGUUUCUAUUGCAGCCGAAUUCGGGUUCAUGUUCAAUUCCAGGCAAUGGGUUUCGCCGGCAGCUCCUAAUCGGGUUCAGGCCUAUCUACAACUUAAAAGGACAGUUGCAAAUUUUGCCACGUAUGAAUCUGCAGUUUUGGGGUUCGCUAAUGCUGAUAACCUCAACAAGUUGCGACGAUCAGGACGCAGAAGAGCUCGACCUUCUAUUCCUGGUUAUGCUCCUACAAAAGGAUCGAUCAUAGAAUACCAGAAACAGCUCGGACUUUGGGCCCCUGAAUCUCGCAUCCGCCGAUGCCACUGUUGUUCGGAGAACACUCUCGAUCCUUGCAGAAAAUCCCACUGGUCUUCAUGGAGUGAAUGA